AAAUAUUUAGUUCAAUGGAAUAGUUCAAUAGAAUUUUCUAUUAAAUUCACUAGAUAUUUCAAUGAAAUUAUUUCGUGUGCGAAGUGCCAUGUGAUUGGAGAGCAGACGAUCUAACCAGAGACUGAGAGAGAAGUUUUCACUAAUAAUCACCGAGGAAGAAUGGGGUAAAAUGGAUUUUUUUCACUAAUCAAAUUUUUUAUGAUCCAGAGAAAUUGAACAUUUUAAGAGGUUCAUUUGCCCCACUCUCCCGAUUUACUAAUAUUUAAUUGUCAAUUUUAUUUUUACCCAUUGAACUUAUCUGAGGAGCAAACGUGACGGGAUUAAAACGUGAGGUUUCCUGGGAGUCCGUCCAGUGGCGCAACUGUGACCUCUUAUCUAAGCCUUUCAGAAAUUAUUAGAAUCAGUCACACCGAGACCCUCAACACAGACGUAUUUUAAUGAUUUAGUUUCGAUUGUGCUGUUAAUUGGACUUAUUACAAAAAUACUCAUAAUACUUCCAUCAUGUGUAUUUUCAACUUGAAAAUUGUAUUUUUAUUUUUUCUAAUAAACGAUUAUCAGUAUACGAGUGGUGUUGGAUUAUCUGAGGCGCCGGUGCCGAUUGUACUGUGGCAUGGCAUGGGAGACAGCUGUUGCUUUUCCUUCAGCCUGGGGCAGAUCAAAACAAUCAUAGAGGAAGAAAUACCUGGGGUCUACGUCAAGUCCGUUCGCAUUGGAGACGAUGUUGUUGAGGACGUGAAGAACAGUUACUUCAGGAAUGUAAACGAGCAAGUCAGGGAAGUCUGCGAGGACCUGGCGAACGAUGAGAAGUUGCAGGGUGGAUACAAUGCCAUUGGAUUCUCCCAAGGAGCACAAUUCCUACGUGCAGUAGCUCAGAGGUGCCCAAUCCCCCAGAUGAAGACACUGAUUUCGUUGGGAGGGCAGCAUCAAGGGGUCUAUGGGUUACCGAAUUGUGGGUCCAUGAAGCAUCGAUUCUGCGAUUAUCUGAGGAGAGUUCUCAAUUACGGAGCUUAUCUCAAAUUAAUCCAAAAUAGAUUCGUCCAGGCCGAAUACUGGCACGACCCGUUGAAGGAGGAAGAGUACAAGCGUGGGAGUGUCUUCUUAGCCGAUAUCAAUAAUGAAUUGGUAGUUAAUGAGAGGUACAGAGAUAACUUGAAAGCACUUGAGAAACUAGUUCUUGUUAAAUUUGCUAAUGACACGAUGGUUCAACCCCGUGAGACCGAGUGGUUCGGAUUUUAUCAGCCUGGACAAGCAGUGGAACUCGAAACCCUUCAAGAAUCCGCACUUUAUACUGAGGAUCGCCUGGGACUGAAAGAGAUGGACAACAACGGACAGAUUGAUUUCUUAUCGGUAGACACUAAUCACCUGCAGUUCACCGACCGCUGGCUGAAGGAAGAAAUCAUCCAGAAAUAUUUAAUACCGACUAAUCUAAGAUACUCAAGCCAAAUUAUCUGAAUGUCUAUUUAAUACUCUGUACGUCUACGAUUUUUAUACUCUUUUUUAUAAUUUUGAGAUAUAGAAGAUUGAAAAAUUCAGUAUGUAAUACCA